CAUCUGCGUGUCCGUUUUUUCCUUUCUGUUAUUGUGCUUGCAUUCAUUCAAUCCAUGGACAGCCCAUCUUGUGUUCUUGUGCAAAACUGUACUGCCAUGGCCAGUUAUAUUGGCUUUAAUUAAUCGCAAAGAUUAGUAGCUGCAUCCUGGAUCCUGGCGUAUAUGUCAAUGCGUUUAGCUGCAGGUAGUGCUGUCAGCCGUCUCGUUUCACAUGUGCCUGUAUCACUAUCCCCUCCUCGAGUCUACGUCUCUACGAAUCCAUUGCCAACUCGAUCGUAGGUCUGAGCCCAUGAAGAAGCAUGCUGCAGCUUCAGGAUGCGGGGUCUUUUCUGCUGGUAGGAUUGAGAAGAUGAUGCUGUAUCCGCUGGUUGCAUCACUGGAAUACAUCUUUUGUUUCGGGGGCUGGACGGUGUCGUGCGUUGCUCUGUUCCACGCGAUCGUGUCAAUCUACGGUGCAGGAAUGGCAGAAUACCUGUGCUCUUGCCCGAGGAUGACGGCCGAGGAAGCCGCCGCCAUGCGCGCCGUCGAGGCGUACAUGCUGCUGUGCUGCGCGGCGCAGAUGACCGCGGCGGCCGUGGCCAUGACGGCGACGGCGGGCCGGCGCGCCGCCCGUCGGGCGUCCGCGUGCGCCGCGCUGACGGCGGGCGCCGCCACCGCGUGGCUGUGGUGCCUCUACCUCCGCUUCUUGCCGGGGCUCCGCUGCUUCCGAUGCUUCGGCGUGCCCAGGAGGGUCGCCGUCGUCUCCGUGGGAGCCGGCGUCGCCACGCCGGUGCUGUUCUUCGUCUCGGUGGGCCUGCACGCCGUCAUCCGCGGAGACGAAAACGAGUGGGACGACUGAUCGGUGGAGUGUGUGGCAUGGAUGAUCGAUCAAUCGGUCCGUGUGAUUUAUUGGGAGAUCAUUUACUACAUCCUUAUAGUGAGCUAAUGCAGUGAUGGGGGAGAUGAUUGCAUUCAUGCCAAUUUCCAUUUUUAGACUUUGGUCUUUCUCAGGGAGAGUAUUUUAUUAACGGAAAUACUAUACUACGGAUCCAAUUUCUAAGGGGUCUGCUACCCCACGAUAUCCCGUUAUGUAUCGGGAUAAUCUCUGGUCAUGUUACUUUAUCCAAGUAACAUGGUACUUUUCAGAUUACAUGUUACCUCAAAUGUAUUAGGCAUGGUAUCAUGUUCAGGUUACAUGGUAACUCAUAUGUAACAUGCUCAGGUAACAUGAUACCUUAUAUGUACCAUGUAUAAUACCUGAACAGUAUCAUA